GCAAGUGAUGUGAUAGACAAAAAAGUGACGAAAGUAUCUUCUCUCUGGAGAUUCGCAAACUUUGGACUCAGCCUGAUACCUUAUCUUGUGUACCAUGUUAUUAGAAGUAAACGCCCGGCAAAAAAACUCGCGUAGCAACUGAGAGAAAACAAGAGAAAGGCAAUACACUAACCUCUUCGAAAAUACUGCAUUUAGUUGGUGUUUUGGCACGGGAUGUGCUGGGCACUGGAGAAUCCGGUUCAGAAAGUCUCUGACGCAGUUCUUGCGUAAAGCGCGAAGCCAUGGAACACAGCAGGACAUCGGUCACUUUGAUGUUUUUCCUAGUUGGUUGGAUCAUACAGGGAAAUGCUUCGCUUAGCAACCGCAACCACGUAACAUAUGUCAACAGUCCCUACGAAAUACAACGUGAAAAUAAUCUCACCGUGGUGAGAGCCGAACCACCUCCACAUGAGCUCGCAGCCAAAAUGGCUCGCUAUAUAGUGCACAAGAGCGACUGGACUGCACUUGCUACCAUCUCGACCCAUGAACCGAUUAAAGGCUUCCCUUUUGCCAAUGUUUUCUCCGUUAGUGAUGGACCUAUUCACAAGUCGAAGGGAAUCCCAUAUUUUUACCUGACGGACAUGGAAAUAUCCGUCCAGGAUUUGAAAGAGGAUGCCAGGACGACGAUCACAAUGAGUCUAGCUCAAACAAAUUUUUGCAAAAAGCAUCAGUAUGAUCCGGAAGAUCCACUCUGUGCUCACGUUAUUCUGACCGGGACUCUCGUUCGUGUCACCGAUCCCGGCGAAAAGAGCUUCGCCCGACAAGGACUCUUCUCCAGACAUCCAGAAAUGAAAGAUUGGCCAAAAGAUCACGGUUGGUGGUUUGGCAAACUAAUUAUCAGCAAAAUAUGUCUUCUCGAUUAUUUUGGAGGUGUUCAGAACAUCAAUCUGGAUGAGUACUUUAGCACCAAUCCUAUGUGAUACGAAGGCCUAAAUAGAACGCGCGAAAAAAAUUAUCAACAAAAUAUUUCAUGAUUAUUAUCACCCGAUAAAAAGUUCUGAAAUUAUAUAGCUUAUGAAAUAAAUUUACUAUUUAUUCAUAAAUAGUUUAAGAGA